AUGGGACCUUCUAAGAGACAGCUUUGUUAUGAGAACGAUACCGAGGAUGGAAACACGCCAAAACGUCUCGGAUAUGGAACCUCCAGCUCGAACGCGUCCCGAUCUGAGCCUUUAUUCAUGGACGUGGACCCAGUACCCUCUGCAAACGAUGGCGUGUCACAAACAACCACCGCGGGGCCCGUGGACGAGAGAAUUUGCUACGGCACAGUCGAUGCUGGUGCAUGCUAUCUGGCACCUGACCCCAAUUCUAAGACACGACAACGGUCGUUUCUUGACGAGAACACAGGGUUGAUUCUGACUUACGUUACUAACAAAGUGCCCCAAGUAUCUUUUUUGUCGGUGGUUGGCGUCAGCUUCCUGUCUCGAAAAAGAAGCAAAACAAACAAAUUAACAGUCCAAGGUACAAUCAAUGUCUACGGCCCGAGAAACCUCAUGGGUGAAGUUGAUCGAGCGCUGUCCGAUAUAUCGUCAUUCCUACAACACCCAGUAUUUUUGGAACCGGGUGUUCUUUAUAUCAAUCCCCAAUUCUUUUAUUCCAACGCCGAGAAAACCGAUCUGAGGCAUCUUGUGGGUCCGCCUGUUGAGGACGACACAUAUGGUACAGCUCAGGCAGUUGACGGGGCCAUGGAAUACAUGGAAGACUGGUCUGAGGAUGCUUAUACAGGUGGAUUGCGCCAGAGCUAUCUGCACCCAACUUUCGACAAAUAUUUGCUUGCGACCAAACUCAAAGAUCUUGUCUUUCAAUCUGGCACACCAGGUCUUGGCGGGAUACUCGCUGAUGUGAUGGGCCUCGGCAAAACACUAACUAUGUUAACGGCGAUUCUCUGCUCAAGAGGAUUGAAGGAACGUUACUCAAGCUGCGGUUCAAAUGGAAAUGAGAAUAAUGAAGCCCAAAGCUCGAACUUGACACUCGUAGUUCUACCUUCUCGACAGCUUCUAGAUGUCUGGAGAAAUGAAAUUGAUGAGCAAGUAGAUUCCACAAAUGCAACCUGGGUGGACAAGCUAACAAGGCUUAGGCGAUUUCAACUAAACACCUUCCAGACAGAGGUUUUCCAUGGACAUGCGAGAGCCAGAAAUGCAGAACGUCUUCUUCGCAGUGACAUUGUUUUGACAACAUAUCACACACUCGAAAAGGAUAGCAGUGGCAAAAGGAUCUUGGAUUCUAUUCGCUGGUCAAGGAUCGUGCUCGAUGAAGGCAACCUCCCCAAUCAUCCAAGCCUGCCUGCAAUUUUACUAACAAUUAUUACAGCCCAUCACAUACGUAACCCUUCCACCAGGAUACACAAAGCGAUCGUCGCUCUUCAAAGGGAAACGCGAUGGUGCCUUACUGGAACGCCUAUACAAAAUAGUCUUGAUGACCUGCGAUCACUCUUGAACUUCCUUCAAUUUGAGCCGUUCUGCCAGAGCCAGGUUUUUGAGGAGUAUAUAGUGAAACCGUUUAGACAGGAGCCGAGUACGGACCUUGAGUUUCGUGAUCCUUCUUGGAAUCUGAGAGCGUUGCUGAAAGCCUGCUGUCUCAGAAGAACCCAAACGAAGCUUGACCUACCAGAGACCUACAUACGCACGAUUGGAGUGGUGCCAACAGAGGCUGAGAAAGCCAUGUUCAAGGGAAUUCUCCUUGAGUGCCGUGAGGAGUUUGACAGAAUGGCUGGUAGGGAAGAGGUUUCGAAAAAGUCCAACAUCUUAUUCUCGGCGAUCAUGAAGCUGCGACGAGUGUGCAACCACGGAGCUAUUGGAGUCGGAGCUUCCACUGAAAAUUGGUCAAAUUAUCUGACCGUCCCCACGACGAAACGAAGCAUUUCAACAAGUCUGUCCUCAGAACCAGCUUGCGAGUUUUGUACUAAGAGCCUUCUGGAAGAUGACUUGCUUGAUGCGCUUGACAGCUGCCCUCUCUGCAGCCGUAUUUUAUCCGACGGAAUCACUAAGACGCCAUCCGCAGCAUCAUCGCCCCAGGAUACACCUUCGCCCGCCGUGUCUAUGAUGGACAUAGAUUCUCCAGUGCCCUGUAAUAGUGGUGUAGGCUUCGCAUCGUCCGGUAAUAGAUCCAGAGCACAAUCUUCAAAACUGUCUGCUGUAAUCGACAAUAUUAAGUCGUCGUGCUUAGAUGCAGACUCGAAGAGCGUUGUGUUUUCUAGCUGGAGAGAUACAUUGGAUAUUCUUGCGACAAUGCUUACGGACGAGGGCAUUGGAUCUGUACAAGUCGAUGGACGAAACCCGCUUCUCGGCCGUACAGCACUGAUCUCAACAUUCCGCCAGGAUCCACUUAUCAAGGUCCUCUUGAUAUCAAUCAACACUGGAGCCGUCGGCCUUACCCUUACGGAAGCAAAUAAAGUUCACAUCAUCGAGCCGCAGUGGAACCCGACGAUUGAAGAACAAGCUAUCGCUCGAGUUGUGAGAAUGGGACAGACGCGACCAGUGACCGUCUUCAAGUACAUCACAGAGGAAUCUGUAGAACAGUCUAUAGUCAAAGUCCAGGAGAAGAAAACCCGAAUUAUCAAGCUAUCGAUGCAGGACAAGGACAACAAUGGGUCUGAUGCGAACUUGGAUAGGUUCAAGUUUACUCUUGACCCGAAUGAAUGGAAAGCCGAUCUAUAA